AUGCGAGAGCUGUGUGGAACUGCUGUUUGUGAGAGGGGCUGGGAAUUGUCAGGAGUGUGAUACCCCCCUGCGGAAGAGUAACUUCAGGGUACAGCUCUUUGAGGAUCCUGCUGUUGACAAGGAAGUAGAAAUUCGGAAGAAAGUACUGAAAAUAUACAAUAAAAGAGAGGAUGACUUUCCGAGUCUAAGUGAAUAUAAUGAUUUCCUGGAAGAAAUAGAAGAAAUUGUAUUUAACUUGACCAACAAUGUGGAUUUGGAGAACACCAAAAGGAAAAUGGAGCUGUAUCAGAAGGAUAACAAAGAAGUCAUUCAGAAAAAUAAGAUAAAACUGACUCGAGAGCAGGAAGAGCUGGAGGAAGCUUUAGAGGUGGAGCGACAGGAAAAUGAACAGAGGCGACUGCUCAUACAGAAAGAAGAGCAACUACAACAGAUGAUAAAAAGGAAGAAUAAGCAGGCACUCUUGGAUGAUCUGGAGAGCUCCAGUCUUCCUGCUUCGCUGCUUUUAGCUCAACAUAAGGACAGAUCUACUCAGCUAGAAAUGCAACUGGAAAAACCCAUACCUGUCAAACCAGUCACGUUUUCCACUGGCAUCAAAAUGGGUCAGCAUAUUUCACUAGCUCCCAUUCAAAAACUGGAGGAAGCUUUGUAUGAAUAUCAGCCUCUGCAAGUGGAGACAUAUGGACCACAAGUUCCAGAGCUUGAAAUGCUGGGAAGGCUGGGGUAUCUCAACCAUGUACGAGCCGCCUCUCCGCAGGAUCUUGCUGGGGGCUACACUUCUUCUCUUGCUUGUCACCGAGCCUUACAGGAUGCUUUCAGUGGUCUCUUCUGGUACCCCAGCUAGCCAGUGUGCAUCAGCCUGUGAUCAAGGGACACCAAAUGGAGCGAGAAGCAAAUCAAGGCAGCAAAGGUUGGGUAAAAUUGCUGCCAUCUGCAAAAUGGCUAAGCUGCAGUCACUUUUCUGUGUAAAACCAGCUGUGUUUAAGCGUUAAAGGAAAAAAAAAAAAAGAACCCGUCUGCACGAGAGCUUUGUAAAAUGGUAGAUACAUUUUUGUGGAGGGGGAGACUCGUUAGUCAUGUGGCACUUUGCUGAGGGAGGCUGAAGCAAUAAGCCACAUCUAAUGGAAGAUGUGAAUAACUCAGCUGCGUAUGUUUGAGGUUUAAAGAAAUACACUUGUAAAUUUUUUUUUAAAUAAAGCCAGACUUUUUUAUUAAAGUUCGUGGUUUUACUCUUAUUGCAGGGUUUUAUUUGCACAAGCAUUUAAAUGCCAUUUUGAUUAUAACAUUUAGUGUCAAUAUUCAAGCCU